CAGCGGUACUCCUGGUCCAGCCACCUCACCCUGGCCGACCUCAUUCCUCUGGAGAGCCCAGCGGGCGCCAGCUGUGCCGGGAGGCAGGACUGGCCCGAGAGGGUGGUGGUGGGGCACAACGUGGCCUUUGACCGGGCGUUCAUCAAGGAGCAGUACCUCAUCCAGGGCUCCCGGGUGCGUUUCCUCGACACCAUGAGCAUGCACAUGGCCAUCUCGGGGCUGACGGGCUUCCAGCGCAGCCUCUGGAUGGCUGCCAAGCACGGCAAGAGGAAGGGGAUGCACGGUCAAGGAGCACGCAGCAAAACGGAGGGGCCAGCUAUCACCUCGUGGGACUGGGUGCAUGUCAGCAGCAUCAACAACCUGGUUGACGUGCAUGCGCUGUACGUGGGGGGGGAGCCGCUGGAGAAGGAGGCGCGGGAGCUCUUCGUGAAAGGGACCAUGGAUGACAUCAGGAAUAACUUCCAGGACCUGAUGUCGUACUGUGCCCGUGAUGUCCUGGCCACCCACGAGGUGUUCCAGGAGCAGCUGCCGCUCUUUAUGGGGAGGUGCCCCCACCCCGUGACAUUUGCAGGGAUGCUGGAGAUGGGGGUGUCCUACCUGCCAGUCAACGGGAACUGGAAGAGGUAUCUGGACGAUGCUCAGGGCAUCUAUGAGGAGCUGCAGAAGGAGAUGAAGAAGUCCCUGAUGAACCUGGCCAACGAUGCGUGCCAGCUGCUGCACGAGGACAGGUACCAGGAUGACCCUUGGCUUUGGGAUCUUGAGUGGGACACACAGGAGUUUAAACAGAAGAAGAAUCCGGGGAAGAAGAAGAAGAAGGAUCAGGAUGGGAACAGCAAAGCCGCGGUGGCAGGGGCAGAUGGGAGCGCGCAGGAGUGGCAGGAAGACCCCGGUCCCCCUGGUGAGGAUGAGGAGCUGAAGGUCCCCGCGAGCCAGGUCUGCCUGGAGCGUCUGAAGGAGACGGUCGCACUGCAACCCAAGAGACUCCAGCACCUGCCGGGCCACCCGGGCUGGUACCGCAACCUGGCCCCGCCCCUGGAGGAGGCGGGGGGGGUGCCGGGUCCCAGCCUCAUCAGCCUGCAGAUGCGGGUGACCCCCAAGCUGAUGCGCCUGGCCUGGGAUGGAUUCCCCCUCCACUACUCGGAGAAGCACGGCUGGGGCUACCUGGUGCCGGGCCGGCAGGACAAUUUCACCAUGUGGCAGGAGGUGAGGGAAGGGAUGGGGGUCCUGCGCUGGGAGGGGGAUGUGGGGCUGGGCUUCCUCCCACGUGCAUGUGAAAACCAGUCCUGUGUGUGGCUCCAGGAGCUGGAAGUGGAGGAGCUGGGCCAGCUGGAGGUGGACAUGGAGGAGAAGAUGGGCAGAGCGGAGCAGAGCCUGGCACAGGAGGAGCUGGAUGAGCUGUGGGUGCUGCCGGAGGCGAGGAGCCAGCCCUCGUACCACCAUGGCAACGGUCCCUACAACGAUGUCAACAUCCCGGGGUGCUGGUUCUUCAAGCUGCCUCACAAGGAUGGGAAUGAGAACAACGUGGGAAGCCCUUUUGCCAAGGAUUUCCUGCCCCGGAUGGAGGACGGCACCCUGCGGGCUGCCGUGGGCCGCACCCACGGGACCAGAGCCCUGGAGAUUAACAAAAUGAUCUCGUUUUGGAGGAACGCUCACAAGCGGAUCAGUUCCCAGAUGGUGGUGUGGCUGAAGAAGGGGGAGCUGCCUCGCGUGGUGACCAGGCACCCCAGCUAUAACGAGGAGGAUGACUACGGAGCCAUCCUGCCGCAGGUGGUGACUGCGGGCACCAUCACCCGCCGGGCGGUGGAGCCCACAUGGCUGACGGCCAGCAAUGCCCGGGCCGACCGGGUGGGCAGCGAGCUGAAAGCCAUGGUCCAGGUGCCACCCGGCUACUCCCUGGUGGGUGCAGACGUGGAUUCGCAGGAGCUGUGGAUAGCCGCUGUGCUGGGCGAGGCACACUUCGCCGGCAUGCACG